AGUAACACAGAUCGUCUAAACCUAAUUUAUACCGACGCUGUCUACUAAACUUAUGUGUGUGAGUCAACCGACGCUAUUUUGGCGAUAUAUUUACGCUCAUGUUUAAAUAUUUAAAACGAUUGCGUAUCUACAGGGGGAUUUCCCCUUUCUCGCAAACUGAAAGUGAAAGUCAGAAGCCGGAUACCUACCUAUUCCAUGGCUCAAAGCUUUUACUGUCGUCUGUCAUUCAAGAGGGAGAUAAAGGUUUUGUAGAGGUUUGGUUUUUCUUCUCCUUGUCCAUGCAGAUGACAACCAGCGGAAUGAAGCUGCUCGUGUAUGCUGUUAUAACCUUUAUAUGCUGCGAUGUGGUGAUUAGCCUGCUGCUACAGUACUGGACACAACUGCUGCUUCGUCACCUGGAUCCACUCGCCUUCGAGUCCCUCGUCUGCCUCUGGCUGCCUGCCUUGAUUCGUUUCUCCGUCAUGUAUCUCUCUUCAGUGGUCAUACACUCUCGGAUUGAGAGUGAAAGCGCUUUAUCUUGGCGGGCCUUAGUCCUCUGUUUGGUCACUCAGUGUCUCCUGCUGCCGGGAUAUCAGACCGGGCAAUUAGCCCUGUACCAGAGACCUUUAGUAAUAGUGACGGGCUCACCUGCCCUCGGCUUCUUUCUGCUGUCCAUUGUGACAUCGACUGCAGCGUGUCUGACGUGGGAGAUGCUGGGUACCGGUGGAAUCAAAAUGACCAAAACGGCCAGGGACUCUAACGGAGAGCGCAAGAAACAGGAGGCGCGUGUCCUAUUUAGGAGGGUUGUUGGCUACUCACGUCCAGACGCCCCAUUACUCGCAGGAGCCUUCCUCUUUCUCACUCUAGCAGUUACCUGUGAAAUGUUUAUCCCCUACUAUACUGGUCAGGUCAUCGACAUUCUAGGGUCCAAAUAUAAGCAAGACACCUUCAUCAUAGCUAUUAUGCUAAUGGCUCUGUUUUCUUUAGGAAGCUCUCUUUCAGCUGGUUUACGUGGUGGUCUGUUCAUGUGCACACUUUCCCGCCUCAAUAACAGGGUGAGGAACAUGCUGUUUAAGUCACUGGUACAGCAGGAAAUUGGCUUUUUUGAAUCCACUAAGACAGGGGACCUAACGUCUCGGUUAUCAACAGACACAACGCUGAUGAGCCAGUCUGUAGCAAUGAAUGUCAAUAUCUUCCUACGUAGUGUAAUAAAAUCUUUUGGGGUGCUCUCCCUUAUGGUCAAACUUUCAUGGCAGUUGACCCUUAUUACUUUCAUUGAAACUCCUCUGAUUGGGAUUAUUCAAAAAAUUUAUAAUACGUACUUUGAGGCUUUGGCAAAAAAGGUACAGGAUUCAAUUGCACUAGCAAAUGACACAGCAGGUGAAGUAGUUUCUGGUAUUAAGACAGUUCGGAGCUUCUCAGCUGAAGACAGAGAGGCAGAAAGAUAUGAAAAGAAUCUUCAGGAUAUUCACAACCUGAAAACUAAGCGUGAUACAAUUCGAGCAGCAUACCUGCUAAUUCGAAGACUUGUAACACUUGCAUUUCAAGUCAUCAUGCUUUACUAUGGACAACACCUCAUCCAUUCAGGACAGAUGACCACUGGAAACUUGGUGUCCUUUGUUCUUUAUCAGUCAGAUCUUGGCUCCUACAUCCGUACAUUAGUUUACAUUUACUCAAAUAUGUUAAACUCAGUUGGAGCAGCAGCAAAGGUUUUUGAGUAUUUAGACCGUAAACCAAAGAUUUUAUCCAAUGGAACCAAACAGCCACCUUCACUUAAAGGCUAUGUGUGCUUCAAGAAUGUUUCUUUCUCUUACCCAAGCAGACCAGCUGUUCCAGUGCUGAAGGAUGUAUCUUUGGAAUUAAAGCCUGGCAAAAUCACUGCACUUGUGGGACCAUCAGGAGGUGGAAAAUCAACCUGUGUGUGUCUGCUGGAACGCUUUUAUGAUCCACUAAUAGGAGAAAUCCUGUUAGAUGGGAGUCCUAUUCAGGACUAUGACUUCAAGUACCUCCACAGAAAGAUUGCCAUGGUGGGUCAGGAACCAGUUCUCUUUGCAAGCUCCAUCAAGGAAAAUAUUACUUACGGAUUACCAGACUGUUCUGUGGAGCAAACUCAGGCAGCAGCACGUAAAGCCAAUGCACAUGAGUUCAUCAUGAGCCUGGAGCAUGAAUAUUUAACAGAUGCUGGUGAGAGAGGAAGUCAGCUUGCUGGUGGACAGAAGCAACGAAUUGCCAUUGCUAGAGCACUAGUCAGAGAUCCUCAAAUCCUUAUCUUGGAUGAAGCAACCAGCUGCCUAGAUAUCGAAAACGAACAUCUGAUUCAAGAAGCUCUGAGUAGUUUUAAGAACCGAACAGUCCUGGUGAUUGCUCACAGGUUAAAAACAGUGGAGAAUGCCGACAACAUAAUUGUGCUUGAUGGUGGAGUUGUGGUCGAGCAAGGGACACACAAAGAGCUGAUGGCCAAUGAAAGCUGCUACUACAGACUAGUUCAGAGAUGCUUUGAAAAUGAAGAUUUACCCUCAUGAAACCACCAGUUUGAUUUAGAAGGACAUAUGCUGUAGACCAUUUUAAUUCUGAGAGCUUUGGAAGUGAGUCCCAGUGUUUGAAAGUGUUGAAGAUUUCAAAACACUUGACAGUUGGGAGAAUAUGCUUGUGGUUCAUUUCUUUCAUUGCUU